AUGGCGGAUCAGUACCAGUACAACGCCACGGAGGAGAAGAUCGUGAAGGACAGCCACACCAAGGAGAUCGACCUCAUCAACAGAGACCCCAAGCUGAUCAAUGAGGGUGUAGUGAAGGUGGAGUUUGAGGAUGUGAUUGCAGAGCCCGAUGGAACACACAGCCUGGACGGAGUGUGGAAGCUCAGCUACACCACCUUCACCGUGUCCAAAUACUGGUGCUAUCGCAUCUUGUCCGCCAUCUUCGGCAUCCCCGUGGCUCUGCUCUGGGGCUUCCUGUUCGCCUGCAUCUCCUUCUGCCACAUCUGGGCGGUGGUUCCCUGCAUCAAGAGCUGCCUGAUCGAGUCACAGUGCAUCAGCCGCAUCUACUCCCUCUGCAUCCAGACCUUCUGCGACCCCUUCUUCGAGGCCCUGGGCAAGGUCUUCAGCAGCGUGCGCGUGGUGCUGCGCAAAGAAGUCUAA